AUGGCAGAAAGCUGUGUUGCAAUUGAUUAUUGACAAUGAGAAAAUCAGGACGAAAGUUUUGUGACCGUUGCUGGAUUUACAGGUGUUACUUCGAUAACUAUGGAUGACAAAACCGGGAAACUGACGGUAGUGGGAGAAAUUGAUGUGCCAAUUAUCGUGAUGAAGCUAAGGAAGCUAUGUAACACAGAGAUUGUUUCUGUUGAAGUAGUUAAACCACCUGAGAAAAAGCCUGAACCGGAGAAACCGGCUCCACCUAAACCAGCUCCACCUAAACCGACUGAAAAUAUUGCGGCUCCGAAAUUACCAGAACCAAUACAAUCCUGCCUAUGCCUAUCCUGAUUCUUACUAUCAACCAAAUACUUGUGUGAUUAUGUGAUUUUUCUAGAGUUAUUUCAAUAAUGUUAAUAUAUAUGAACACAUAAUUAGUUAAUUUUGAUGGAAGAGUACUGUGAUUCAUGUAUGAUAAAAUAAUGUUAAGUUUUGUUAACCCGUACCAUUACAAUCAUGCCUAAGCAAAUUUUGAUGUUAACAUUUCUCGGGGGAUUUUUAUUUGAAAAAAAAAUCAAUAUAUACAUGACAAAGUUGAUCUUAAAGUGUUAACUUUUACUUUAAAUCCUCUGGUAAUAAUUAAUCUGUUUUUACCUAGUCUUUUGUUUUCCAUGGUUUCAUUCACGUAAGUAGAAUUUUUUCCUAUGCUGAA